AUGACGUCGAUAAGAGCGCGAGAGCUCAUUGCGGGAAAUGCAGAAGGAGAUGUACUGGCCAGCAGCGUGGCUCUCAGUUUCUGGGGCGGCGUGGACCCCGAGACGGGAAUCGUGAUCGAUAGCCAUCAUCCCCUCGUCGGGCAAUCGGUGGCUGGAAAGGUCCUGGCCAUCCCAAGUGGCCGUGGAUCAUGCACAGGGAGUGGUGUGAUUCUGCAAUUGCUGCUGAACGACUGUGCGCCAUGUGCUCUUAUCUUCGGACGACAAGAGAUGAUCUUAACUAUUGGUGUCCUUGUCGCCCAGGAGAUAUUUGGAAAGAGCAUUCCUGUUCUACAAGUGCCGAUGUAUUCGUUGACCACCAUUCAAAAUACGGAGCACGUUCAAAUUUCCAAUGGGGAGAUUUAUCGAAGGACGAUUUCCCAUGCAGAACCGAACAUUUCUCCCUUAUCUCUUCCCCAGCCUGAUUAUUCGUCUAUCCGGAUGUCCUCAUUUGACCGAGAACUGCUGGAUGGAUUGCACGGGAAAGCGGCACAGCUUGCGAUGCGGGUGAUUCUUCGCACCGCACUUUUUCAAGAGGCGUCCACGGGAUCUGAGAUUGAGAUGAUCGACAUCUCAAACGCUCAUGUUGACUGCUGCAUAUACACUGGGCCCGCCACUUUGGAGUUCGCUCAACGACUGAAAGACCUAGGAGGCAAAUUUCGCAUCCCAACAUCUCUGAACUCAAUUUCUAUUGACCAAAGACUCUGGCGCUCGCAGGGGGUCGACCCGGCACUCGGAGAACCCUCCGAGGAGCUCGCACAGGCAUAUGUGGAGAUGGGAGCGCGUCCAACAUUCACCUGCGCCCCAUACCUCCUCGAAAGUGCCCCACAACUGGGUGAGAACAUUAUGUGGGCCGAGUCAAAUGCGGUGGUCUUCGCCAAUAGCGUGUUGGGGGCGAGAACCAUCAAAUGUCCCGACUAUCUUGAUGUUUGUGUUGCGUUGACGGGAAGGUCUUUUAAGGCUGGCAGCCUGAUCAGCGAAAAUCGAAAGGCCCAAGUGGAAAUUCACUUUGAAUGCCCGGAAGAAACUGAUGAUACCCUCUUCCCGUUACUUGGAUACCUUACCGGGGACAUCGCUGCGGACUGCAUUCCGAUUAUCACAGGUCUGGAGCGGCGACAUGUCACCAUCGAGGAUCUAAAGGCUUUUGGAGCUGCAUUUGCGACAACGUCUAGCGCGCCUAUGUUUCACGUAUCUGGGAUUACGAUAGAGGCUCGAACCCCGGGGGAAUUAGAGGCACAUCUCAAGCGCACGUCAAAGGUCACAGUCACGCGAUCAGAUCUAGCCAAGCAAUGGCUUCGAUUCAACAGCUACGAAGAGAGCAGCCAAGCUCAAAUUGACCUGGUAUCGCUCGGCAAUCCCCAUUUCUCCUACGACGAGAUGGCAAGACUAGUGAAACUGUGCUCGGGUCGCAAGAAAGCUGAAGAGACGACAUUUGUCGUCACAUGCAGCCGCGAAAUAUACUCCCGCGCUGCUAAGGAUGGCUUCAUCACACAGCUGGAGGACUUUGGAGCCCUGAUUGUGACUGAUACAUGCUGGUGUAUGAUUCAGGAGCCGGUGAUUCCGCCGCAUUCGCGAACAAUUCUGACAAAUUCGGCCAAAUAUGCGCACUAUGGAAAGGGACUGACUGGCCGCCAAGUUCGGUUCGGAGGGUUGGCACAGUGUGUGGAUGCGACAUGCUCGGGCAAGGUGCAGAAUAGUUUGCCCAAGUGGUUGGUAGAUGCGAGUGCUGAGACUUUGAAAGCAUAG